AUGAUUCUCCAUUCGUUCUCGUACUUCAGUCGCGCUGCUCGGAGCUGGGUGCCGGCGCUCUCUCGAGCCAUUCAGGUGCCCAGGGCACAAAGUUCAAGGCAUACUCGUGCAGGCCACCCGAAAUCUCACUUCGAGCUCGUGUCUUGGAAUAUUGACUUUGCGAGUAGCCAACCCUCGAAGCGAUGUCUCGGCCUCGUCGACCACAUUCUCAACAGCGGGACUCCCGACAUCAUCUGCCUUCAGGAAGUCAGGUUGGACGUCCGCGCCUCAUUACUAGGCAACGCAGAAAUCCGCGAGUCUUUUCUCGUAACUGAUGCCGAACCCGACUUGGAGGAGAGACGAUUUUCGACCAUGACUCUACUACUCAAGAAGCGCUUCACCUAUAACACAAGCACAGACAAACCAGGGGACAGAGCCAAGUUCAGUAUUGGACCUGUCUUUCGACAAAGUCUCCCGAGCGCAACAGGUCGGGAUGGGCUUUACGUGUGUCUUAUCCCUCCCUAUGCUCUGGAUACAUUCUUUGGCAUAAUAAAUGUGCAUCUGGAGUCGCGUGACGCAUACUCGUACCGCGCUCAGCAGCUCCAUCAACUCACCAACAGCCUACAUGAGCCCGGCUGUAGUGGAGGACUGAUCGCAGGUGAUUUUAAUGCUACAACAGAGAAGGAUGACAGCCUGAUCGAGGCAAACGGACUACAGGAUGCAUGGCUGAGUUUGCAUGGAGACAAAGAGCCCAACGCGCCUACAUGGAGCGUAGGCAGAAGAAGGGACCCAAGAUAUGAGCCCAGCAGACUGGACAAGAUUGCUAUGCUGGGGCUGGCUGCCGAGAGAAUGGAAGUUAUGCACCCUGGCAGCAUAGGCUUGGCCAGUGGUGAGGGUGGUGAGGUAGAAUGGAGCGACCACAGGUUGGACAAAAUCAGCUGUCGGAUAUGGCCGCCACCGGCCAGGUCGUUGUCGGCUCUGGGUCUUACAAACCUAUCAAAGUUGACCUUGUAUCAUGAGAAGGAAGGCCUUGGGCUCCCUGUUCUACAACUGUUCUACCAUUCAAAGGCUGUUCACCUUGGAGAGCCUGCGCACCAAUAA